CCACCGCUGGGCUGCCAUCUCUUCAUCACUUCUGCCUUUUAGACCUGGUUUCUGCAUUUUUAUCUCUCCGAUUUCAGCUGCAGCUUUGGGGUCACUUAUUCACAGGAACAAAUGGCCAGAAAUGAGGACAAAAUUCCCUGAGAAGCAGCCUCGCUGGCUGCACCCCAGUCCAGCUGCCUGGUGCUUGCUGUUAUCGCGUGCUGGGAAAAGGAUCACGUGAAGAGGCGGAGAGUCAAUCCCGCAAAGCCUGAGCUGUAUCGUGGUGUUGCUGGUGGGAUCCUGGGAGCUUUCACCUCUGAUGGCGUUUGUAACUCAGGAUCAGAUCCAACAGUUCUGCAAGGAUGGUUUCCUUGUCCUCGAGCACUUUUUCACCACUGAGGAGUGUGAUAGCAUGAGGAACCAGAUUCAGAGAAUCGUAGCGGAAAUGGAAGUGCCACCACACUGCCGCACCGAGUUCUCCACCAGAGAAGAGGAGCAGCUCCAGGCACAGGGUAGCUCAGAUUAUUUCCUAACCAGUGGAGACAAGAUUAGAUUCUUCUUUGAGAAAGGUGUUUUGGAUAAGAAAGGUAACUUUCUAAUUCCCAAAGAGAAGUCCAUCAGCAAGAUCGGUCACGCUUUACACGCUUAUGAUCCUGUCUUCAAGCGAAUCACCCACUCCUCCAAGGUGCAGGAAUUGGGAAGAAAACUGGGCCUUGAGAGACCAGUAGUCGUGCAAAGCAUGUAUAUCUUCAAGCAACCUGGCAUUGGUGGUGAAGUGACACCACACCAGGAUGCCACCUUCCUGCACACGGAGCCUCUGGGCAGAAUCCUGGGGUUCUGGAUCGCCUUGGAGGACGCCACGCGGGAGAACGGCUGCUUGUGGUUCAUUCCUGGCUCUCACACCAAUGGAAUUACCCGGAGAAUGGUUCGUGCAGCUUCAGGUGCCUCGACAUGUGUCGAGUUUGUAGGGUCAGAGCCAACCUACGAUGACAGCCAGUUCAUACCUCUGCCUAUAAGUAAAGGUGGGCUCAUUCUCAUCCACGGGGAAGUCGUCCAUAAGAGUGAACUGAACAGCUCGGAGUCAUCUCGGCACGCAUUCACCUUCCAUGUGAUGGAAGCCAAAGACACCAGCUGGAGCAAAGAGAACUGGCUUCAGCCAACUCCCGAACUGCCUUUUCCAUCGCUCUACACUUGAAGUUAGUGAUUGGCUUCUGGAGUCGAUAGCUGAUCAGUAUUCCUUUCUGAUUGUUUGUGUUCCCUUUAAAUACAACCUUCACUACAUCAGCGCUCACGAUUAAUUAAUCCUCUUCUCAGAAUGAGGACCCUUGACACGUUUGAACCCCCAUUAGACAGAAACUUCUUCUACAGCAUGUGCCCUACCAGUAUGAGAACAGUCAUCCAGUCCUUUUGGUAAAGAAACAUCUUCAGUCUUGGGAAUAGACCAUUAAAGGCCAUUGCACCUUGACCGGGACCAGUUAAGAAGUAAUUCUUCUUGCAGCUACUCUCUAUUUUCUUCUGUUUAAGUCUAAUGCAUUUCUUGGCUGUGUCGAUCCUAGGAAUGCAGAUGAACGUGUCGUGUGAAGGUGACUGACUCUUACUCUUGCGUUUCUGUCCUGCUGUUUGAAUAAUAGUGAUUAGGAAUAAUGCUGUUGUGGGCAAAAUGAAGUAGGAAGUCUAUUUUUAGAAUCAAUCUUCUAAGUAUUUCUAGCAGACUGCAGCUGAGUGUUUGAUCUCCGAGUGUGUUGAUUACAAAUAUUACAGUUCUUACAGAUUCGUGUUGGAAUUAUGGAAACAAAAAUCCCCGAUCAAACUCCUAACGUUUAAAUAAAAUAAAAAUUUAAAGUCUC